UUUCAAAUGACAAUUGUAUGUUUUUUCUGAAGAAACUUCACAGCAAGAAAGCUGUCAAAAUUAAAAUUAAAUAAUCAGAUAAUGAUGUCAAAAUUAUUGUUAACAUUUUCUGAAUAGCAAUAGCUAUUGCAGCAAUUUCAGGAUAAAGGAAAGGAAGAAAAAUACAGGAUGCGGGAGCAAUGAUAACGUCAUGCUGCGCAAUCUCGCUACAAAAUGGAUCAGUUUGAAAAGGAUUAGAGCAACGAUGUUUUAUCCAUCAUACAAUGCAAGAACGUAUUCGGAAAGACGUCGAAGAACUGGUACUGGGCGAAAGAGAGAGAUCUUCGAGGAAAGAGCGGCGGCCAGCGAGGAUGAGUAUUUCCGAAGGGAGACCGCGAGACAAUUGAAAGAGCUUAGAGAGAAAAUAGAGCAAGUUAAAGCAGAAAAAAAGGAAAAUGAUAAAGAGCAAAAGAAAUCCGAUCAAGCCGAUAAAACUACGUCAAAAAAACCAAACAAAAAGUGACAUGAAAAAUUACAUGGAAACUGAUGGAUUACAAUACAGUAUAAUAUAUAUUACGACAAUUAUUCAUAUCAUGAAUCUAAUAAACAAUAUAUUUUGAUUUAGAAA